UGAACUGCUCCAGCGCGCUCCGCCGGCCUCCGCGCCGGUCCCUAGAGGCCAGGGAGGGUUUGGGGCUGCCGGACCACAUCAAGGGCUUUCCUUCUCCGCCGCGCAGGGGCAUGUAGCGCAGCCGGGACGCACACUCUCCCGCUCGCUCACAGACACACACGCACGCACGCACCCACGCACCCGCCGGCAGUUCCGAGUUUCCAGCUUGAGAGGUUGGACAUGCUGAAGCCGGGAGACCCCGGCGGCUCGGCCUUUCUCAAAGUGGACCCAGCCUAUCUGCAGCACUGGCAGCAACUCUUCCCGCACGGCGGCAGCGGCGGCCCGCUCAAGGGCGGCGGCGCCGCGGGUCCCCUGGGCGCGCCGCAGCCUCUCCAGCCGCCGCCGCCUCCAGAGCGCGCAGAGCCUCCGCCGGACAGCUUGCGGCCGCGGCCCGCGUCGCUCUCCUCCGCCUCCUCCACUCCGGCGUCCUCCUCCACCUCGGCCUCCUCUGCCUCCUCUUGCGCCGCCGCGGCCGCCGCGGCCGCCGCGCUGGCGGGUCUCUCGGCCCUGCCCGUGGCGCAGCUGCCGGUGUUCGCGCCUCUGGCCGCCGCCGCCAUCGCCGCGGAGCCGCUACCCCCCAAGGACCUGUGCCUCGGCGCCGCCUCGGGCCCGGGCCCUUCCAAGUGCGCCGGCAGCGGCGGGGACCUGCGGGGCGGCCCGCGCUUCCGUUGCAGCGCGGAGGAGCUGGACUAUUACCUGUACGGCCAGCAGCGCAUGGAGAUCAUCCCGCUCAACCAGCACACCAGCGACCCCAACAACCGUUGCGACAUGUGUGCGGACAACCGCAACGGCGAGUGUCCCAUGCACGGGCCGCUGCACUCGCUGCGCCGGCUCGUGGGCACCAGCAGCGCCGCGGCCGCCGCGCCCCCGCCGGAGCUGCCCGAGUGGCUCCGGGACCUGCCACGGGAGGUGUGCCUGUGCACCAGCACCGUGCCCGGCCUGGCCUACGGCAUCUGCGCGGCGCAGAGGAUCCAGCAGGGCACCUGGAUCGGGCCCUUCCAGGGCGUCCUUCUGCCCCCGGAGAAGGUGCAGGCCGGCGCAGUGAGGAACACACAGCAUCUCUGGGAGAUAUAUGACCAAGAUGGGACACUACAGCACUUUAUUGAUGGUGGGGAGCCUAGUAAGUCGAGCUGGAUGAGGUAUAUCCGAUGUGCAAGGCACUGCGGAGAGCAGAAUCUAACAGUAGUUCAGUACAGGUCGAAUAUAUUCUACCGAGCCUGUAUAGAUAUCCCCAGGGGCACCGAGCUUCUGGUGUGGUACAAUGACAGCUAUACGUCUUUCUUUGGGAUCCCCUUACAAUGCAUUGCGCAGGAUGAAAACUUAAACGUGCCCUCGACGGUCAUGGAGGCCAUGUGCAGACAGGACGUCCUGCAGCCGUUCAGCAAGAGCGGCAAGCUGCCCCCCGCCACCCAGCAGCGCUCCGUGGUCUUCCCGCAGACUCCCUGCACCAGGAACUUCUCUCUCCUGGACAAGUCCGGGCCCAUGGAAUCAGGAUUUAACCAGAUCAACGUGAAAAACCAGCGAGUGCUCGCGAGCCCGACUUCCACCAGCCAGCUCCACUCGGAGUUCAGCGACUGGCAUCUCUGGAAAUGCGGCCAGUGCUUUAAGACUUUCACGCAGCGGAUCCUCCUACAGAUGCACGUGUGCACGCAGAACCCCGACAGACCUUAUCAGUGCGGUCACUGCUCCCAGUCCUUUUCACAACCGUCCGAGCUGAGGAACCACGUGGUCACCCACUCCAGUGACCGGCCUUUCAAGUGUGGCUACUGUGGUCGUGCCUUCGCCGGGGCGACCACCCUCAACAACCAUAUCCGAACUCACACUGGAGAAAAGCCCUUCAAGUGCGAGAGGUGUGAAAGGAGCUUCACGCAGGCCACGCAGCUGAGCCGGCACCAGCGGAUGCCCAAUGAGUGCAAGCCAAUAACCGAGAGCCCAGAAUCAAUUGAAGUGGAUUAACUGAUUGACUGGUUGGAAUUAAACUGCAAGGGAAGUCAUGAUUAAAUGUCAUGGACACUUAAGCAAAACCAAAGAUUUCCUCUGAGCAACUUUCAAUCAGUCCCAGAAAACCAAAAGCAGUAAUAAAAUAAGUAAGAUGUUAAGAGAUAUUGAUCCUGGCGUGGAAGUCGGACCAGGACAGAGAUUAUUUAUUUAUGAUUAGGGAUGAGACUCGUUUCAGUGGACGACUGACCUGGGACGACUCCCGUGUCCGGUCCCACCGUGUAUUUGCUUUGUUUCUAAAAAGCUUUUUUAAACUGUUAUUUAAUACCAAAGGGAGGAAUCCUGUGGGUUCUUCUGCCCACACUUGUGACCGGGAACGCACAGGGACUUCUUUCUCAUUGCACCUUUUUUUAGUAGCAUGAUUCAAGGGGACCCAUUGUACGGCAGCC